GCAUUUUCUUAAACACUCUCCCAAAGGAAAGUUUUCCCAAACGCACCUUUAAGUCAGUCGACGACUCCAGAAGAAGUCAUCGAUCAUAAUCCAAAAUGGGUAAGGUUUCUGCUUGCUCUGCUGUGGAGACAAGGACAUUCUUUGUGAAGCCAUCGAUCAGAAUCCCAGAUGAGUUGCGACAUACGGACAAUUAAUCCUUCGUAUGAUCCAGCAUUUGUUGUGCUGAUUCAACUAGGGACUUCGGAGCAGUAGGGGAUCUUCUAAAGACGAGGCUAUUUCUUGAUUUCCAGAUUUCCAGUACGACCGAGAGUUCGAAGUUUUCGCGCUGAGGCUCCUGGGAUUCUUCGUGGGUAAAACAUAAUAAACGACUGGGACUCUCGAAAGCAUCUAGUCUUGAAUAAGAGAAAGCAUUGAGAUAACACAUACUUAGAUCCGAAACGAGAAAAGGGGAGUGGCGAACAAAGAAGGAAAUGUACGGCUUACCAAUUGUUCUGCUACUAGCCCUGUUCGUGUGCGCUUACAUACUCCUGCGGCAGAAAAAAAGCAGGGGCCCUCAGACGUAUGAUGUGUUUUUGAGCUUCAGAGGUGACGACACUCGCACUAGCUUCACCGAUCACCUGUACAAUGGCCUGGAGGCUGCUGGGUUCCAUGUGUUCAGGGACAACGACGCCCUCCAGCCUGGCGAAAAGAUAGGAAAGGAGCUUGUCCAGGCCAUCGGGAAUUGUAGGAUCGCGAUUCCCAUCAUCUCUGAAAACUAUGCAAAGAGUAGAUGGUGCCUCCGCGAGCUCACUGAGAUUAUGAAUUGCCACAAUGAGCACAACAAACGAGUCUUUCCUAUAUUCUAUAAAGUAAAUGUUCUAGAUUUACAUGGCCCAAGCGGUCAUUUUGCAGGAGAUCUAUCAGUACACGAGGCCAUGUGGGGCAAUGAAUUGCCACGAUGGGCGAAAGCACUGACUUCUGUUGCGUGGAUUAGAGGAUGGAUAUCACAGACCAUUGCUGAUGGGCAUGACGGAAAGCUGGUGAAAAUGGUGGUCCAAAGGGUUUCGAGUGAAUUGCAGACAAUGUGGAUCGAACGGCUCCCCAUAUUUCCUAUGUUGAUGUCCAAUUACCACAUAAGAUUAGCGUAUGGUUACUUUUCGGAGAAGAAAAGAGGAGAGGUGUUCUUGGCCUUUCAUGGCCUUGAUACACGACUUGGCUUUGCUGCUUGCCUCUACAGCAGCCUUGUGGGUGCAGGAAUUAAAGUGCUUAAAGAUGAUCAUCCGUACCUGAUAGGUACACAUCUUAUUCAUGGGAUUUUCAAUGGCAUCCAUCAUUGCAAGAUAUCAAUUCCAAUUCUCUCUGUAAAUUUUGCUUCUUCUCAAUGGUGCCUUGAUGAUCUUGCUGAGAUGGUUGAUUGCAAGAGAAAAAAAGGGCAAAAGAUAUUGCCCAUAUUCUACAAAGCGACGCCCUCGGAAGUGAAAAAGAUCUCAGAUUCUUUUGGAACGUAUAUGCUUAAACAUAGGGAAAAGGUCGAGCCACUUGUCUAUGGGAGGUGGAAGCGAGCUCUUGUUGAGAUCGGGUCCUUCAAAGGAUUGGAAUCGGAGAAAGUUGCCAAUGGGGAUGAAGGGGAACUUUUGAAAAUGGUAGUCGAGAAGGUUUUGAUGUUGUUGACAAAUCCCCAGAAGCUUGAUCCAUCCUAAUAUUGACUCAAUCUUGAAUUUGGUCUGUUCUGUUACAUAUGGAAAGAAGAUAUGAUAAGAAAUGGGAAUGUAGGGGGCGGACCAAGGGACGAAAGGAGGAGAGAAAAAUGUCUAAGCAAUAAUUAUGAAAAGAAUUGUUUUCCCAUAUUCAUUUUCAAAUCUUAUUUUAUGCUGUAAUGAGCUGAGUUUUCGACUAGUUAUGGUGCGGAAGAUGUGCUAGACUUCA